AUGGUUCAGGAAGCCCCUGCUAACCAGACAGCUCUGACAGAGCUCAUCAUGCUGGGCUUCACAAGCCAGCCCAGCCUGGCCUGCCUGCUUUUUGGGCUUUUCCUGGUGAUGUACAUGGUGAUGCUUCUGGGGAAUGGGUUAAUUGUUGCCCUAGUGUGGGCUGACCCAUCCCUCCACACUCCCAUGUACUUCUUCCUCGUCAGCUUGUCAUGCUCUGAGACUGCGUACACACUGGUGGUGGUGCCCCGGAUGCUGGGAGACCUGCUGUCAUUAUGCCACACUAUCUCAUUCUCUGCCUGUGCCACCCAGAUGUUCUUUUUUGUGGCACUGGGUGUGACUGACUGCCUGCUGCUGACAGGCAUGGCAGUGGACCGCUACAUGGCUAUCUGUUCCCCACUGCGCUACAGUGCCAUCAUGAACUAUCGCAUCUGCUGUGGCCUGGUGGGGGGUGCACUGACAGGAGGGGUCCUGUUCUCCCUGAUCCUCAGUGUCCUGGUCUUUUCCCUGCCAUUCUGUGGCCCCAAGCACAUACCGCACUUCUUCUGUGACAUCCCUCCUGUGCUGCGGCUGGUCUGCCCAGGAAAUGAAACCAGUGAGACAGCCAUCCAUGUUCUGGUUGUCCUGACACUCAUCCUGCCCUUUGUCUUCAUCCUCCUCUCCUACAUCCGCAUCCUGAUGGCUGUGCUGUGCAUGGGCUCAGCCCAGCACCGCCGCAAGGCCUUUUCCACCUGUGGUGCCCACCUGACUGUGGUGCUCCUACACUACAGCUGUGCUAUCUUCAUGUAUGCCCGGCCUAGGGCCCACUACAUGCUAGAGAAGGACAGGCUGAUUGCAGUGUCCUACACUAUUGUCAUCCCCAUGCUCAACCCCCUCAUCUACACCCUGCGUAACAAUGAUGUGCAAGGGGCUUUGCACAAGCUACUGGGAUGUGGGCCUCUCACUCCCAAGGGGUAG